AGUUCCAACACCUCGGCCGACACCCGUUUGACAGCAUAGCACAGAGGUUACAAAGACAGGCUGGCCCCGUCUUGACCUCCCUUCGUCCAGUAACAAUCAUUCAACGUUCAACUUCAACAUACAACAUGGGCAACUCCUUCCACCUCCAUAAUCCUUUUGCCCCCAACGGACAUGUUCACGAUGAUCCAUUCCGUCGUCAACAUCCUUACCCUCUUCGUAUUAAGGGUUCUAUCCUCUUCAGGAUCUUGCCUCAGGUUAUCUUCGCAACGGCUGUUGCUACGAUCGUUACCUGUGUCUCCGCCCUUACCGAUGCCAACCUCGGCAUCGACAACGUCCUGAUCUCUGUACUCGGUUUCAUCGUCGGUCUUUGUCUUUCCUUUCGUACCUCCGCCGCUUAUGAGCGUUGGUCCGAAGGCAGAAAGCAGUGGACUGCCAUCCAGACGCUUACUCGUACUCUGACGAGGCUAAUCUGGGUUUGUGUCGAGGAGGAGACUACGACGGAUAUCUUGGAGAAGAAGAGUGCGAUCAAUCUUCUUCUUGCCUUCGCUGUCGCGACGAAACAUCAUCUCCGUGAGGAACGCGGUACAGAUUAUGAAGACCUUCGUGAUCUCGUCCCUCACCUCCACACCUACGGCUCAUCUCGCGCACCGACCAUGAUCCCGGUCCAAUCUCCCUCUGCUUCUGCCACUGGUUCCGCGCUGUCCUCGACCGUGGAAGGACUCGACCGCCGCCCCACCUGGGUCCCGCAAAAGAGAAUCCUCGGUCUCUCCGGCACACACCGUCACGGCAACCUACCCCUCGAGAUAUCCGCACAUCUCACGUCUUACGUCCAGUCCUGCGUCAAACGUCAAAAGUUCGACGCCGUCACCUAUGGCCAAUGCAUGACAGCCCUCUCCGCCCUCUCCGAAGCCAAGGCGACCUGUGAACGAAUCCUCUGGACCCCGAUCCCUGUUGCCUACAACAUCGUCAUCUCCCAGAUCGUCUGGAUCUUCGUCUUGGUCAUGCCUUUCCAGCUGUACUCCAAACUCCACUGGAUCACCAUUCCCGCCGUCUUCGUCGCAUCCUACGUCAUGCUCGGACUCGCCGCAAUUGGGCUCGAGAUCGAGAACCCGUUCGGGUACGACGUGAACGACCUCGAUCUCGACUCGUACUGCAACGCCAUUAAGCUCGAAAUUGCAGUCCUCACAUCCGUGCCGCCCCCGCGUAUUGACGAAUGGAUGUACGACAACCCGCUUGCGCGUCCGUUAUGGCCGCAACAUAAGGGUGAUUUUAGGGAGUGUGAGAAAAUGGGGGAGCAGGAGGUUAGGCAGGCGUUGAGGUUGGGUGGACAGAAGGCUGUGAGGGAUGAUUGUGUUAGGAGGGGGAGUACGGGUGAGCAUGAGCAUAGUAGGGAGGGGACCGAGGGGACGGGGAGUUCGACCAGGACGAGGGUUGUUGAUGUGGAGUCUGCGGGAGGGAAGGAGGAUAGUCAAGUCAGUGUGGAGGAUGUCGCUUGAGCGAUCCACCCCCGAUUUAUGGACGACCGAGGUGUGGAUGCUGGCGAAGUAGCUGGCCUUUUUCGUCGAGCAUCUCCCUUUAGUCCCUUCAAC